CAAACCCAGCCAGUACCGGAUGCCUUUGAGGACGAAUCAAUCAACCACUCCACCCAAAGAAACCAACUCCAAUCCAAUCUGAGCGUGAGCACCUCAACAUCUACCCCGCGUAUCUGAUCUUCGCCGAUCUAUCGCGCGAUCGAGCGAGGGGAUUUCACUCCAAUCCAAUCGCCGGAUCCAGCCACCGCCCGCCGCCAUGAGCUUCAUCUUCGGCAAACGGAAGACCCCAGCAGAGCUGCUGCGGGAGAACAAGCGGAUGCUAGAUAAGUCCAUCAGGGAGAUUGAGAGGGAGAGGCAGGGCCUGCAAACUCAGGAGAAGAAGCUUAUCGCUGAGAUCAAGAAGGUGGCCAAGCAAGGACAGAUGGGAGCUGUAAAAGUUAUGGCCAAGGACCUUAUCCGCACAAGACAUCAGAUCACCAAAUUUUAUGCCCUCAAGUCCCAGCUGCAAGGUGUAUCUCUUCGUAUUCAGACCCUGAAAUCAACACAAGCAAUGGGGGAAGCCAUGAAGGGCGUCACAAAGGCCAUGUCACAGAUGAACAGGCAGAUGAACCUACCGGCACUGCAGAAGAUAAUGCGUGACUUUGAGAUGCAAAACGAGAAGAUGGAGAUGGUCAGCGAGGUGAUGGGUGAUGCCAUUGAUGACGCCUUGGAGGGCGAUGAGGAGGAGGAAGAAACAGAAGAGCUAGUUAGCCAGGUUCUUGAUGAAAUCGGCAUCGACAUCAACUCUGAGCUUAUCAAGGCCCCUGCGACCGCAGUAGCCAAGCCGGUAGCGGCAGGAAAGGCGCCUGUUCAAGCUGAAGCUGCCGGUGGGAUGGACGGUGGAAUCGACGACGACUUGCAGGCUCGACUUGAUAACCUGAGGAAGAUGUGAUAAGCUGAUGAUUGAUAGCCUGAGGAAGAUGUGAGCAUUGGACUCUGACAGAAUGUCUACACGCAAGCACCGUGAUGGUCUUUGUGUGUAGUUGUGUAUACCAUAAAUGCCCAAUCCGGCAAAUCUUUUGACAUAUCAUUUGCAGUGUGUUUGGCAUUGACCGUUUGUAUAUAGAUUAUCUUAUUUCAAUAAACAUAUACUAAGGUUUCUUCAUAGUA